CCCGCAGGCGUCGAAGCGGGGCAGGCGUCACCGGCCGCGGCUGGCGCUUUAAUCUCUGCGACUGUAGCCCUGGCGGGAGGCGGCCGGGCAGGCGCUGUGAGCGAGGAGCAGAUCUCUGUCCUUUUCCCAGAAGAGCCAAAAAUGAACAAGUCCCUGAGAGCAGUGUCCUUUGAGGAUAUAACUGUAGACUUCAGCAGGGAGGAGUGGCAGUACCUGGACUUGGCCCAGAAGAGCCUGUACAGGGAUGUGAUGCUGGAGAACUAUUUCAACCUGGUCUCAGUGGUGGUAGGGUGUCAGGUUCCCAACCCAGAAGUUAUCUUCAACUGGGAGCCAGAAGAAGACCCAUGUUCAAUGGGAAGUGAGAACUCAAGUCAGAACUAUCUAGGUGGGGAUAUUGGUUUUGAGCCUUCACAACAGGAACUGUCUCAAGGAUUUUUUUCCCAGUCUGAGAGAAUUCAUCUCUUUAUAAAACAUUUAGAAUUGUGGAAAGGUGAUAAAUGGAGAAGAAGAUAUGAGGAAAAUAAAGACAAACCAUUACAUCAUGUUGCCUUCACCAACAAUGCAACAUUAGCUAAUGAGAUAGACUGUGAGAACACAGGAAAAAUAGUUCCUAUAUGUACACAACUUGUUUCCUCAAGGAAAGAAUUCCACCAUAGUAGCUUAUGUGGAAAAAGGUUGAAGGCUGUUGCAAGCUUAUAUAAUCAUAAUAGAAUUGAUGCCACAGAAUAUCUGGAAAAGAUUAUUCGAUAUGGUGAUAUAUUUGCUCCUAUUCAUUCUUGUCCAGAAAUGAGUGUAUGUGAAGCUAAUCAGCAUAGGGAACUUCUGAGCCCUAAGCAAGGUCUUACUCAGCAUAAGAGAAUAUGUCCUGGGAAGAACUUUAAUUUUUUUUAUGACUUUGUAAAAGAUUUCACUCAGAAGUCAUCCCUCUUUGCAUGUCAGAAUAUUUAUGCUGAAGAACAGCAAGCAUGUAGCAAACAUGAGACAGCCUUCACUCAGAAGCCCCAGCAUGCUGUACCUCAGAGCAUCUUUACUGGAGAGAAGUUCUUUAUGCCCAUUAAAUUUGGAAAAGAUUAUUCACGCAAGGCAAGUAGUCAGAAAACUCAUAAUGAAGAAAAUUACCGUAAAUGCAGUGAAUAUGGAAGAGGCUGUACCCAGAAGUCUGAUCUGUUCAGUUGCCAGCAAGGUCUUACUGGAGAAAAACUCUAUGAAUAUCGUCAGUAUGGGAAAAACUUCCCUCAGAGUUCAGAACUCACAAUACAUAAGAAAGUUCCUACGAGAGGGAAAUGCUUUGAAUGCACUGAAUGUGGAAAAGCCUUUACAAGGAAAUCAACAUUAAGUAUGCAUCAGAAAAUUCAUACAGGAGAAAAACCAUAUGUAUGUACUGAAUGUGGGAAGGCUUUUAUCCGGAAGUCACAUUUCAUCACACAUGAAAGAAUUCAUACUGGAGAGAAGCCUUAUGUAUGCAGUGACUGUGGGAAAUCAUUCAUUAAAAAAUCGCAACUCCUUGUGCAUCAGCGGAUUCACACAGGAGAGAACCCCUUCAUCUGUUCAGAGUGUGGAAAGAUCUUCACUCACAAGACAAAUCUCAUUAUACACCAGAAAAUUCAUACUGGAGAGAGACCCUAUAUAUGUACUGAAUGUGGGAAGGCCUUUACUGAUAGGUCAAAUCUUAUUAAACACCAAAAAAUUCACACUGGGGAGAAACCAUACAAAUGUGGUGACUGUGGUAAAUCAUUCACCUGGAAGUCACGACUCAGAAUCCAUCAGAAGUGUCAUACUGGUGAGAGGCAUUAUGAGUGCAGUGACUGUGGGAAGGCAUUCAUUCAGAAGUCAACACUCAGUAUGCACCAGAGAAUCCACAAAGGAGAAAAACCCUAUGUUUGUACUGAAUGUGGGAAGGCCUUCUUCCACAAAUCACAUUUUAUUACACAUGUGAGGAUCCAUACUGGAGAAAAACCAUAUGAAUGUACCGACUGUGGGAAAUCUUUCACUAAGAAAUCACAACUCCAUGUUCAUCAGCAGAUUCAUACCGGAGAGAAACCCUAUAGAUGUGCCGAAUGUGGAAAGGCAUUCACAGACAGAUCAAACCUCUUUACACAUCAGAAAAUUCACACUGGAGAGAAACCUUUUAAAUGUAGUGACUGUGGAAAAGCCUUCACUCGAAAGUCAGGCCUCCAUAUACAUCAGCAGUCCCAUACUGGAGAAAGACAUUAUGAAUGCAAUGACUGUGGGAAAGCCUUUGCAAGGAAAUCAACACUCAUUAUGCAUCAGAGAAUUCAUACAGGCGAGAAACCUUAUAUUUGUACUGAAUGUGGAAAAUCCUUCAUCCAGAAAUCACACUUGAAUAGACAUAGGAGAAUUCAUACUGGAGAGAAACCCUAUGAAUGCAAUGACUGUGGAAAAGCCUUCAUUAAAAAGUCACAGCUCCAUGAGCACCAUCGAAUUCACACAGGAGAAAAACCAUAUACAUGUGCUCAAUGUGGAAAGGCCUUUACCAUUAAAUCAAAUCUUAUUAAACACCAGAAAAUCCAUACUAAACAGAAGCCCUAUAAGUGUAGUGAUGUGGAGAAAGCCUUAAACUGGAAGCCACAACCUACAAGUCAAGUCAAUAUAAAUCAGAAGUCUGAUAUUGGGGAAAUAGAGUGUCCAAGGCUACAAUCUUAGCAUAGCAAUACAAAGAAAUCAGGCGCUACAGCUUGAAUAAGAAGCAAGGGGUAUCCAUGGUUCACCUACCACAUUCAGUAUAGUCAGAAUUAAUAUCUGCACUACAUAGCUGAUAUUCAUUACACACUUAGGGAUAUACUUUGAAGAAAGUAUCUAAUAAGCAAUGUGUCAUGGUCAUACUUGGUUACUUGACAGUAGCCUUGGCAAAUAAUAGUAAAGGUGGAAAAUGUGGGUAACAUGGUAUAUGUCUAUAGUCCCAGAUAUUCAUGAAUCUUAUGCAGGAGGAUCACUUGAGCCCACAAAUUUUAAACCAACUUGGGUAACAUAUAAAAUACAAAACAUAAAGAGAUGACUGACAGUCUCUUCUGUUUUUGAGUAAACAUCUUUCUAAAGUCAAGGUUGAGUAUUUUAUGCCUUUGAUAGCAAAAACUAUUUGGUAUUGGGUUGGGGACACAGCUCAGCAGUCUAAGUGCCUGCCUGGCAAGCACAAGAACCAGGAUUUGAUCCCUG